UGCCCGCGGCCGGAGGGGCUGAGCGACGUGGAGGUGAGGACGUUCCUGCAGCGCUCCGUGCAGAAGCUGCCUGCAGGCUGGACCCGGGUGGAGAUCCACGGGCUGCGGAAGGACCGGUUAGCGUACCCCUUGCAGGCGCAACCUCCCGCCUCCGACCACCGUAACGGCAGCCCGGAGACCCUGCACGGCUUCAUGCAGAGCGUCGCCUCCCAGAAUUACCGAAACCUGUGGUGCCGGGCUCACGGCCUCUACGUGCGGCCGUACCGGCACGCUGAUGUGCCGCCCACCGUGCUGGCCCUGGAUGCGCUACGGGCCGCCCUGCAGAAGGCUUAUGGCUGCCCUGUCCUUCAGGUGGGCAAGGGUGCGGCCGGUGCUUCCCCUGCCAAGGAGAGCGUGGCGGCCACCAAGGGGGUGCCCUCCUGCCCCAACGUGCUGCAGGCAGAAGCUGUGCUGGAGUCGGCCAACAUGCUCUAUGUUGUCUACCCUUUCGUGCAGUACUGUUUGCACGACAUCGUGACUUUCAGCCCAGCCAAGCUCACCAACAGCCACGCUAAAAUCCUCUUCCUCCUCUUCCACGUGCUGCAGGCCAUGAAGGCUUGUCACCAGGCAGGUCUGGCGUGCGGCGCCUUUUCUCUUCGGGAUGUGGCUGUGGAUGAGAAGCUGUGCAGCCGGCUCCGUGUGAACUUCAGAGAGUAUGAGGGACCAAAGAAGGAGGAAGCGAAGCUGGAGGCUGGUCUGGGACGAAUGAGCGAGCAAAGCAGCGCUGGUGUGCGAGGGCAGGAGGCGAGGGGCGCCGCCUGCCAGAAGGACCUCCGAGACCUGGUGUUACAGUGGGUACAUGGGCAGGUCAGCAACUUUGACUACCUUAUGUGUCUAAACAGUUUGGCUGGGAGGAGAAUGGGAGACCCCAAUUACCACCCGGUUCUUCCGUGGGUGGUGGACUUCACUACCAAAAAUGGCAAGUUCAGGGACCUACGGAAAUCCAAGUUCCGGCUCAACAAGGGAGACAAGCAGCUGGAUUUCACCUAUGAGAUGACCAAGCAGGCGUUUGUUGCUGGUGGGUCAAGUGGGGAGCAGCUCCACGUCCCCCACCACAUCUCCGAUGUCCUUUCGGAUAUCACCUACUAUGUGUACACAGCUCGGAGGACACCCAAGGCAGUGCUGUGCUGCCAUGUGAGGUCCCAGUGGGAGCCCAACGAGUAUCCAGCCAGCAUGGAGCGCAUGCAGAGCUCCAUCCACCCGGACAUGCCUGACCUGGACGUGCCAUCUUGGUGUAGCUCCUACGAGGAGUUCAUCGAAGUCCACCGCAUGCUGCUCGAGAGCCGGGAAGUUUCUCAGGACCUCCACCACUGGAUUGAUCUCACUUUUGGGUACAAGCUGCUGGGGAAGGAUGCUGUCAAGGAGAAGAACGUCUGCCUCCAUCUAGUAGACAACCACACGCAUCUGACGACUUACGGGGUUGUGCAGCUCUUUGACCAGCCACAUCCCAGGCGCAUGGUGGGACCUGCCUACACGCCUGCUGAAGCUCCAGCCAUUGCCCGGCCUCUUCUCCAGAACAUCAGGGAGACUGUGUUUUUGGAGGAUAUCCAAGGCCAGGUGACGGAUGCAGUUAAUGGGCUGGUGCUGGAGGCUACUCCCAGUGAAACCACCUGGUCUGGGGAGAAACCCAUCGCUGGUGAGGAUGAUUUAGAGCAAGGCACAGAAGCCCUGGAUUCGAUUUCUGCUACUAGUAAAGCUGCUGAUCAGCCCUGUGCCACUGUGCCUUCGGCACAGCCCUCCACCCUCCCUGCUUAUGCCACCGAAGGCAAAACCUCAGGUGUCCGACCUCUCCGCCGGAGCAAGACCGGCGGUGUGGAUCAGGUUGACAUGAAGAUCACGCUUCCUGAAGGCUUCAAUCCGCUCCAGGCCCUGGAAGAACUGGAGAAAUUGGACAAUUUCUUGGUUAAAGGCUUAAGCAGUGAGAUGCAGCUAAUGGAGCAGCCGUGGGAGGAGCCGCCCCUGGGUCUCUCGGACCUCUUCCAGAGGGACAUGCAAGCUUUGGGCAUUCUGGUAGCUGAGAUUAUAUUUGCACCAAGGAUUCGUCCUUCGAAGCCUGACGCAUCCCUGUUGGAGCGGUUCCUGAUGGUGCGUAAUCUGUGUCGCUACCAUCCCAAGGAGAUCCCGGCCCCGCUCCAGCACGUGCUGCACGUCCUGCUGCAGCUGAGCGUGCCGGUGGAGAAGCUUCUGAAGACCAGGCUGGGCAAGGGCACGGUGCAGUUGUUUGAAUACCAACCCAUCUCCCAGGGCCUCCCCCCGCCCUGUCCCACGCAGCUCCUCAGUCCCUUCAGCUCUAUUGUCCCCUUCCCCACGUACUUCCCAGCCCUGCACAAAUUCAUUUUCACUUAUCAGGCAAAGAAGAUAGAGGAUGAAGGUCAGGGCCGGGAACUUGUUUUCCAGCUGUGGCAGCAGCUGGAGGGAAUCCUUUCUGAAAUCACUCCUGAAGGCUUGGAGAUCCUUCUGCCCUUCAUAUUAUCUCUGAUGUCCGAGGAGAAUACCGCUGUCUACGCAGCGUGGUAUCUCUUUGAACCUAUAGCUAAAUCCCUAGGUCCAAAGAAUGCCAAUAAAUACUUGCUCAAGCCAUUGAUUGGAGCGUAUGAGACCCCCUGCUACCGCCACGGCAGGUUCUACCUCUACACAGACUGCUUUGUCGCCCAGUUGAUAGUGCGCCUGGGGCUGCAGUCCUUCCUCCUGAACUUGCUGCCACACAUCCUGCAGAUUCUCGUUGGCAUCGAGAGCUCGCGGGAGGAAAGCAAAUCCCUCCUCGGCGCGGCGGAAGAUGAUGAAAGCGGAGGGGAAAGCCCGGUGUCGUGCGUGUUUGGGGAGGAGAUCAAAAUGGACGUGGAGCACGGCUCCGCUGCGGUCGACCUCCUCGACUACACCUCUGGUGUCAGCUUCCAUGACCAAGCCUACCUGCCCGAGAGCGAGGACUUCCAGAGCAGCCUCUAUGUCGGGGAGUCCCUGCAGCCUCAGGAGCAGGAAUCGCUCAGCCUCGGGCGGCUGAGCGACAAGAGCAGCGCCAGCGAAGUGUCCCUGGGAGAGGACAGGCCUGCCGACGGCGAUUCCCAGAAGGACAAGAGCAGCUUGAAGUCGAUGGACAGCAGCCAGGACUUGAAACAGAGCGAGGACUCGGAGGAGGAGGAAGAGGACCGUGAUGAAGAGGAGCACGAUGAUGCCGUGGUUGAUGCAGAGCUGACAGUGGCUGUGGAUGCUGGUGCCUCCGUGGAUGUCACCCUGGCUGAUGACAGCAGCGAGGCAGAGGAUGGAGAGGGAGAGGAGCUGCCGGAUCACUCCGAUGACAAAGAGCAGACAAUACUCCUGGACACAGCCUGUAAGAUGGUGAGGUGGCUCUCAGCCAAGCUGGGCCCUACCGUCACGUCCCGCUUCAUUGCCAGGAACCUUCUCCGUCUGCUCACGUCCUGCUACAUCGGCCCUACCAGGCAGCAGUUUGUACCAAGCAACGAUGAGAACAGUCCCCUGAGUACAGGAAACAUCUACCAAAAACGGCCAGUGCUGGGAGAUCAGGUGUCCAAGCCAGUGCUGGCCUGUCUUGUGCAUGUGGCCUACCUGUACGGAGAGCCCGUCCUCACCUACCAGUACCUGCCCUACAUCAGCUACCUGGUUGCGCCCGGCGGCGGGUCCGGGGGUGGCCGGCUGAACAGUCGGAAGGAGGCAGGGCUCCUGGCUGCUGUGACGCUGACUCAGAAGAUCGUGGUCUGUCUCUCGGACACCACGCUGAUGGACAUUCUCCCCAAGAUCAGCCAGGAGGUGCUGCUCCCGGUGUUAGGCUUCCUCACGUCGCUGGCCAUCGGUUUCCCCAGUGGUGUCCAGGCCCGUAUUGUCCUGUGCGUUAAGACAAUCAGCCUAAUUGCCUUGAUCUGCCUGCGGAUUGGGCAGGAGAUGGUGCAGCAGCAUUUGAGUGACACGGUGAGAAACUUCUUUGGGGCAUUCUCGCUGCUGCAGGAGCUGCAAGACCAGGGGUUGACGGUGGAGUCACUGAGCAGCUGUGAGGUGCCGGUGAUGGAGGUGCCCCUUUUGGAUGGGAAGCUGCUGGCCCUGGAUCCGGCCGUGCUGAUGGAGUUACAGAAGGUGUUUAACCCUGAGAUGGCCUACAUCACCUACAUCCCCUUCUCUUGCUUGCUAGGUGAUGUUAUCCGGACGGUUGUGCCCAACCACUCGCUGGUUGAGAAGCUGGCCAGCCUCUACCUGGAGAACGUGAACCCCAAGAGCCUGCAGGUCGUUAGCCUGGAACAAACCCUGAGUGCGGUGGGCUCAGACCAAGAUGUGAGAGGGACCGAGCCCUUCUCUAGCCACCACGAGGACAGUCACUCUGGGACUUUUGGGAGCGUGCUGGUAGGGAACCGCAUCCAGGUCCCUGUGGACACGCAGCGCGAGGGUCUUGGCUUACUUUGCCUCAGUGCUGGCACUGAUGGCUUUAUUCCCAGCUCGUCCAGCGAGGAGAAUGCCCUGAAGCAUGACCUUCCUCGCAGCACCCACAUGCUGUGUGGGAACUGGCUGGCCUACUGGCAGUACGAGAUCGGGGUGAGCCAACACGACCCCCGCUUCCACUUCCACCAGAUCAAGCUGCAGAGUUUCUCAGGGCAUUCAGGGGCCAUCAAGUGCGUGGCACCGCUCAGCAGCGAGGACUUCUUCCUUAGUGGCAGCAAGGACAAAACAGUCCGCCUUUGGCCUUUGUACAACUAUGGGGAUGGCACCAGUGAGGUGCCACCGCGCUUCACGUACGCCGAGCACAAGAAGUCUGUCUUCUAUGUGAGCCAGCUGGAGGCAUCGCAGCACGUGGUGAGCUGUGAUGGGACCAUACACAUCUGGGACCAGUUCACAGGCAAGCUUCUCCGGACUUUUGAUGAACUAGACAGCAAAGUCCCCAUCACAGCUGUGACCACCAUGCCACCUCCCCACCACAGCAUCUCUGUGGCUGGUGCAGACUCCGUGCUGCGGUUCAUCGAUCACAGGAAGCCAGGACUACAGCACGAGUUCCGCCUGGCCAGCGGGGUGAGCGCUGGCCUCAUCCGCUGCUUGGCUGUCAGUCCUAACGGGCGCAGCGUUAUGGCUGGCUUCUCCUCUGGUUUCAUUGUGCUGCUGGACACCAGGACAGGACUCAUCAUGCGGGGGUGGCCUGCCCAUGAGGGAGACAUCCUGCAGAUCAAGGCUGCAGAGGGCAAUGUGCUAAUCAGCUCCUCUUCGGAUCAUUCCCUGACGGUCUGGAAGGAACUAGAGCAGAAACCUUUGCACCACUACAAAUCUGCAUCUGAACCCAUCCACACGUUUGACCUCUACGGCAAUGAAGCGGUCACUGGCACUGUGGCCAACAAGAUUGGUGUCUACUCCAUGCUGGAGUCCUCAGCCCUGCCCAUCAGCACAACCAAGCUGAGCUCGGAGAAUUUUCGGGGUACGCUGACCAGCCUGGCGGUGCUGCCCACGAAAUGCCAUCUCCUGCUGGGCUCGGACAACGGCGUCGUCCGCCUCCUGGCAUAGUGACCUUCGGCCCAGGAGCUUGUGGGUGUCCCACAGCGCCGGUGGUAGGGCUGAAAGCCAGCAGUGUCGCUUAAGAGGAGGCGGAGUGAGAUGUUUCUGAACAGAGGAUGGAGGGGGGAGAUGUACUUGUUAGUGAGCGCUCGGUAAAGCAUCUCUAACCUCUUUCUGUAUCUUUAAAAA